AUGUCUGGAACCGAAAGUGAGGCCGCAGCGGAGGGUGCAGACGACAACGCGACCGUGCGAACUGCGCUUCUCCGCGAAAGCGCGUCGCCGCGGGCUCUGGUGGCACUUACCCCGCGAAAAGGCCCUCUCAUCUCACUCACACCGAUGCAGCGGCGGUUGGUCAUCUCGGGAGCUCGCGUGGGGGUCACCAUCGUGGAUGGGCUGUUUCUUUCGAGCACGGUGGCCAACCCGCUGCUGACGGUCGCCUUCAUCGCCUACGAAUCCUUCCGCGCUGUCAAGGAUUACUGGCGAGGGGAACUCAACACGCUGGGUUAUCGGACAAGUGCGACGGAUGUGGCGCUCCGUAUCGGGAAAGAGGUGGGAACCGCCGCCAUUGGAAUUGGCAUUGGGCACGGCGUGGGCACGCUCAUUGGCCUAAGUGCCAUUCCCGUAGCGGGACAGAUUAUCACCGCCACGGUGCUCUCGGUGACCAUGGGUCUCUGUGUCGGCACACUGCUCACGCGGUACGCAGAUCGCGUCUUUAUUCGGCUACAGCUGCAGGCGCAGUAUGGAUACUCACGGAGUGAGCAGAAAUCUCGCACAAGAUUUGAACACUUGCUUGAGGCACAGCAUGAUCUUUCCUCAUUUGAGGCCUGUCGAAUUGUGCAGCACUACCGAGACUACCGGGUGGCGUGUGGUUGGGAGAGUCAUACCGACGUCGACGACUACCGUGCCUCCUCGGACAUUACGAUGAUGCCUGUUUCCUUCCAGCACUUUGCGAUUGUGCAGUUGCAGCGCAAGUGGGGUUUUCUCAACGAGUACGUGGAGUGCAAAAAAGUGUUCAAGGCGUUAAUGCUCUUGCACCAUCCGGACAAGGGUGGCAAUGGCGAGCUUGCGGCGCAGCUCAACCAUGACUACGAAAUUUAUGCCUUUUGCCAGGGCUGGCACGAAGACUGUCGCGGCAUCUUGCAAAGAGGAGGGGCUGCAGAGCCUGACAACACGUCCGCCGGAGGCAGGAAACGAAAACGGAGUGCCAUUGUGGGUUUUCUCCGCUCGCUGUUUCGUCCUGCGAGUAACUCCGCUGUGGAGGCUGAGGAUCUCAGGCAAUAUGGACUUUUGGCCUUGGAGGCGGGAACCCCGCCGGAGCUUCACAGGCUUGACGAAGUCGACUGGGAGGCGAUGGACAGAGAAGACGUGGGAGGCCACGAGAAACCCGUCUUUGUUACGAGCGCCUCUGUCAGGCAACGGAGCGUCUCGCGCGUGCUGGCCUCCAUUCAUCGUUGCUACCAACUCGCCACUGAGGCGAUUACGUUUGCUGGCUUAGUCCGACUGUACCACGAACCGGAGCAGUGGUCGGAGCUCGAACGCGACAUCUAUCUCUUUAACCGACUACAGACGUUUGUCAAUGUGGUCGAUGCGAUUCCAUCCAACGAGGGCGAUCGCCCUGAGACGUCCAAAAAGGAAUACUCUUGUCGUGGUCUGAGGUGGCGCACCAAGACUGAGGCAGUUUUAAGGCGCGAGGAACAAAGGGAGGCGAUCGUGUCCCGCUGCUUUCCCCCACAUAUCUCCUCCAAGUUAAUGGAGGCGCUUGAGUUGUGGAAGACGGCCCAAAGCCUGGCCGAGAGUUUCUUUAAACAAGGCAGCACUGGUGGUGGUGGUGGUGGCAGCGGCAGCAGCAGCAAGAACAACAACACCAGCACCAGCACCAGCAAUAAUGAGAGUGGUGGGGAAAUAGGGGUCUCUGAAGGCACAGGGCAAACGCUCGAUACUCUGUUAGCCAUUCAGAGGGCCUUGCAGGAUCUGGUGGAGGACAGUACACAGUCUUGGAAGCGUGCCAAUACUAGCGACGAGGCCUCACUCGACCCCACGUUUAUAGAAAAAGUGAGGGCGUACGGUCUAACAGCAAGUUGUGCCUUGGCCGGGGCACACGCCAUAGGCGUGGAGGAGGAACUGCAGAAGACGUGCAAAGAAUUUUUUAAGGGACGUCGGAGGAAGCUGGAGACUGUCACCUCCCUCUUGAAUGAAAUGUAUGAUGUGCAGACGUCGCUCAAGACAGCCGCUGUGGGGGAACGAGAGAUUCUCCAGAGCCGACACGACGAUUUUAUGAAGCAGCUCUUUCUUGUGCACUACCUGUUUGGGGAGUUGGACGCCGCCACAGUUGAGUUGUAUGACAUUUACACCAUGCACCUCCCUGAAAAAGCCGGUGUUCUUAAAAUGUUCCCUUCUUCCUGUGCACAGGCCGCCCAUGAGGCGGUCCAUGUGCCUCGAUACGUGAAAUACGAGCGUGAGCGCACGCUGAUAAACUAUAUGAAUAUUGAGCUGGAACCACGGAAUGCGAUGGACCCUUCGCGCUCCUCCGCCGACAGCGAGGUCUGUCUGGCGCGUGCGGGUGAGGUUGCCGCGGUCCAAUUUGCCUUACUCCGUGCGCAGUAUGUAGACUCCGUUAACGGCACAGUUACCCCGUGUUGGCUUAAGCGGUACGUGUUUCCCAGGGCGGACGGGGUCGAGGCGCAAAUGCGUAUUGAAUUUCUCUUUAAACGUAUUAUGGAACAUGAACUGUGCGUUCCAGAGUUGUGCGCCACCCACCGUGUGACGUGUGUCACUGAUGUUUUUGGCGAUGAUUAUACGCGGCAAAUAUACUUUCACAUUCCACGCGGUGGAACUCAAUUGCGCUUUGGCUCCACGCACGAUGUCCGAAAACGAAUCCUGCGACUUGGCGUUCGCUGGUUGCAUGACGCGCUGCAAUGCGUUAUCGACCUCCACUCCUGCCAGUUGCUGCAUGGGGCCAUAUGUUUAUCCAAUUUUACCUAUGAUGAGUUUGGAAACACAACAGUAGGCUUUUUUUCCGACGCACUGCGCGAUCGGGCACGGGACGCCGCGUCUCCGCUGGACGACGUCAUUGAUUUUGGCGCCUGCCUGCACACCGAGGUGCUUCCGUACCUUGGCGGCGCGUCAGCCGCCGUUGCUUCAGCGAGACGUCCCCAGUUGGCGGGUCGGCGGGAGGAACGCGUUGCCGCAGGUGGAGGUUAUUCUGAGGACGAGGUCGCCGACGUCUAUCGCGAGGUUGCGGACCGGCUAAUUGGGAAGGUGGAGCCGCGUUGGUCGUUGCUUGACGCGCGAACCUUUGUGCGGCGGUUUCUCGAAUUCAACUACAACAGCGAUGAGCGCAAUUACCUGUUUAGCAAAGAAGUUACGUACCCAGCGCAUUGGGCCACACUCAAAACCAUCGUCCCCGUCUCGCUUGUUGCUGCGGACGGCCGUGUUGCGUUGCAGUUGCCCUCGAACGCCCGCGCGUUCCUCAACCGUAACCUGCACCUCUGGGAGGUGUAUUGGAAGGGCCGUCGCAAAAUGUUGCAAAAGCGCGGCGGCGGCUUUUUUUCAAUGCCCGCGGCGCUGAAGAGGCACCCACCUUUUCUCCACUGCAGCGACGAUUGCGAGGUCAACGAGCGAUUUCUAUGGCACGCCUGCGCCAAUGAAGAGGAGGCGUGGCAGAUUUGUCUUGAAGGCCUCGCCUCUCGCAAGUGCCGGCUGCGACUCGCGCCGCCGUGGCUGGAAACGGGGGACGGGGGCGAGCGCCGCCGCGCCGCCGCCGCCGCCGCCGCCGCAACCGGCUGGGGCGUGGUUUUCCGCGCGUCGCUCGGGACGGUCGUGGAGCCUGGCGGCGGGCCCUCUUCCGACCCGCCGCCGCCGCCAGGAGGCGCCGCGCACGACCCCGACGGAUCCGCGGAGCAGCGCUGCGUGUUGCUGCGCGGGGGCGCCGGGAGGGCGGGCGGCGCGCAAGACUGGGAGAUCGAGGUGCCCGCGCCGCUGGCGCGCUGCUACCCCGAGUACCUGGUUUGCGGGGCAGGGGCCGCGCCCGGGGGAAGAAGGCAACGGGGCAAGUAA